ACAUGACUAAAGGCUUCAAGUUUCGAUUUUCUCUUCCCUCUUUCCAAUUCUGUCGUUCCAAGCAACCAUCUGCUUUGCCAAAUAGUCACUGGCCGCCGACAAUCGGGUUCUCUCCUGUAAACCCUAAACCAUUCGACAUCGCUUAUCCCAGCUUCCCAGACCCACCACCAUCUCCGAAUCACCCUUCUUUGAAACUCCAAGUUUCAUCAAAGAUCACACCACUCAAAUGCGAAGGUCGAUCAAAAGUACGUAUACAAAAACAAUACACGAUCUCCGAGUUCAUACAUGAAUCAACAAAGGCCAGUAAAAGAGAAAACAAUCGGAAAAUAUAUAAGUCACCGGUUUCCGAUGAGUCUGAUGACUACAGAUGGCCGGUUACACCAACCAAAGACAAGAAGAAGAAAAUCGAGAAAAACAGAACAAAGAAAUCGAAAGGUAGUGUUUGCCUGAGCGUUUCAUCGGCGGAUAGUGGUUUGUUCAGCAGCGAAGAUGGCGACAACAAUAAAGAGACUGAAAGCCUAGUUUCGUCUUCCAGAAGCUUCGAUUCUUCUUAUGACUUCGGUUAUUCAUUAGAGACAAUAACAGAGACCCCAAUUAGUGGAGGUAGAAGAGCGAAAAAGAAUAAUCUCAAGGUUCGGAGACUGACACGUUAUCCUUCAAACAGUUGGAAAAAUUCUGAGAAGAUUAAAAAAGCGGCGCCGGAAAGUGAAUCUCCGGUGAAGAAGUCAGUUUUCAGGCGGAUGAUGCCGUGCACGGAGAACGGAAAGGUGCUGAAUGAGAGCUUGGUGGUGGUGAAGAAAUCGGAGGACCCAUAUGAGGAUUUCAAGAGGUCAAUGCUAGAGAUGAUAUUAGAGAAAGAAAUAGUGGAGUACAAGGAUUUGGAGCAGCUCUUGCAGUGUUUUCUCUCUCUGAAUUCGAGACAACAUCAAGGGGUCAUAGUUGAGGCGUUUACGGAUAUCUGGGAGGGCUUGUUCUGUGAAUCCCCCAAAUCUCAACGUGCUUCGUCAACUGGUGUUUAAGGAGGUAAUAUUCCCUACAAAAGUGAUACCUUACUAAUGACACAAUAUUACCGUUGUAAUAAAUGUUUUCUCAAUGCUAAAGGUUAAAUAAAGUAAAAAGGAAUUAAUUGUAAGUGUG